AUGAGUUCGCCCCACUUCGCUAUGCGUCUCAACAAUUUCCUCCAGGGUCGGUAUGGCGCGUCCUUCGCAGCUCACUUCAAGUAUGAGGACACAAGUAGCGGCCCGCAGAACCUUACCGUGUGGACUGGCACUUAUUUUAUCAACGACAUGAAAUACGGUGACGGGUCGGCGACAACUAGGAGGGUUGCGAAAGAGGCAGCCGCUCAGAAAACCAUUGAAAUGUUAGAAGCCGAGGGGAAUGACGUCCCCCCCUAA